UCAAGCUGUAGCACUCUUUCGAUGCAGGGCUGCCACAACCCCAGGAAGCACGAGGGUUCAAAUAUUGCCAGGUUGCCCAAACCGAGAUAGGAGUAGCCGAGUUGCCGUGACUGGGUUCGAACCACGGACCUUCCAGGCAGCCAGUUCGUGCUCUACCCACGUCAAAUUCAUCUUCUGGAGGUGGGAAGCGAUUUCGCACCUGAUGCCAGCAUGGAUUAGUCUACAGCCUGAUAAACAAGUCUCCCAAUCUCCAACCUAUUGGCCUAAAAAUGUUGAGCUGAAACGAAAAAAUCGAAUAAAAAUCAUACAGCUGUG